AUGGACGCCACAGCGGUUGUUGGGUGCUUCCGGGACAGGACCAUACUCGUCACUGGCUCAACUGGUUUCCUCGGGAAAUUGUUGGUGGAGAAGAUAUUGAGGGUUCAGCCGAACGUGAAGAAGCUCUACCUGGUGGUGCGCGCGUCGGAUGCCGCCUCUGCGGAGCAGCGUAUCCUGUCCCAGGUAGGGGCAAUCCCACAAGCAAAUAAGAGCUCAUUUACCAAUGCAUUCUGCAAAAAACCUCCCUACGUGGAACAAAUGCAUGUUCUGGGGAAGGAUCUGUUCAACACCAUGCGAGAAAAGCAUGGGCUAGCUGGCUUCGAGGAGCUCAUCCAAGAGAAGAUAGUUCCUCUCGCAGGAGACAUUGGGAUUCAAAACUUUGGGCUCGAUAGGUCGACAGUUGACGACCUUUGUGAGGAGAUCGAUGUUAUCAUCCAUGGGGCAGCAACAACGAGCUUCUAUGAACGGUACGAUGUGGCAUUAGCAUCAAAUGCAUUAGGAGCCAAAUAUAUAUGCGAAUUUGCAAAGAAGUGCAGCAAUAUGAAAUUGUUGCUUCAUCUUUCCACUGCUUUUGUAGCGGGUACCCGAAAAGGACUUUUACUAGAGGAAGCACUGCAGAUGGGUGAAACACUAAGGCCCGGUUACUGUUUAGACAUUAAAGCUGAGUUGCGGUUAGUUGAGAAGAUCAAGACUGAACUCAGAGUAGCCAAUAGUGGUGGGCCAGACCAGUCAUUGGAGAAAACAGCCAUGAAAGAACUUGGCUUAAAGAGUUUCCUGAUGGGUUAG